CAUCCUUCCAGAAUUAUUGCUGUUGGUGACUUGCAUGGAGAUUUAGCUCAGGCACUCAAAACUCUCAAAAUGGCUCGCAUUAUGAACGACAAUGAGGAAUGGAUUGCUGGCUCUUCUAUAUUUGUUCAAACGGGUGACGUGGUCGAUAGAGGUCCAGACACAAUUAAGCUCUACAAAAUGCUUUACGAUCUCAAAGUGCAGGCUGAAGAGCAUGGUGGCCAAGUGAUUCAGCUUCUUGGUAACCAUGAGGUCAUGAAUAUGGCUGAAGAUCUUCGGUAUGUGACCGAGGGCGAUUACUCCAGCUUUGGUGGACAUGAAAACCGUAGAAAGGCUUUUGACAAGGAUGGGUGGCCUGGUAAUUAUCUAAGAACAUUAAACAUCACUACGUGGGUAAACGGCACUGUGUUUUUUCAUGGCGGUGCACAUCCACAAUGGGCAAAGUUGGGCAUUGAUGGCAUGAACCUCAGGGCACACAAUGGACUUAUUGGACGGUCUGCUGGUGAGAUCCAACAGGUGCCUAUAUUUGGUGGAUCUGGUCCAUUAUGGUUCCGUGGAUAUGCUGAAGAUCAAGAAAAAUCAAUAUGCAAGCAACUUGACAAGGCACUUGCAGACAUGAAUGCUGUCAGAAUGGUUGUGGGCCACACACCUCAGCUUGAUGGAUCAGUUCUUCGCAGAUGCAACGGAAAGCUUUACGUGAUUGAUGUGGGUAUUUCUCGAGUGUACGGAGGUAAUUCUGCCGCUUUGGAAAUC